CAGGGAACACCUCCGAUUGACAGGGCGGACCCAGCAUCACCGGGAUAGCAACGACGUUCCAUCGCCUUCCGGGGCGUGGCUAAGGAAAGAGCCGGGACUUCCGGCCCGGCUGUCAACAGUUUCCUGUGCCGGCGGGAGGUUCCGUCCGUGAGCUUGCGGAAGCCGGAAGCUCGUGAGGCUUUUCCCGGCGGUAGGCGAGGUGGAGUCUGCGGAUCCCGGGGGAGACGCGAACGCUGGUCCCGUAGGUCCUCCGCCAGGCCGUCUCUUCCUCCAGGCCCCGCCAUGGCGACGUACACCUGCAUCACCUGCAGGGUGGCGUUUCGCGACGCGGAGAUGCAGCGGGCGCACUACAAGACCGACUGGCACCGCUACAAUCUGCGGCGCAAAGUGGCCGGCAUGGCCCCGGUGACGGCCGAGGGCUUCCAGGAGCGGGUGCGGGCGCAGCGGGCGGUGGCGGAGGAGGAGAGCAAGGGCACGGCCACCUACUGCACCGUGUGCAGUAAGAAGUUCGCCACGUUCAACGCCUACGAGAACCACCUCAAGUCCCGGCGGCACGUGGAGCUGGAGAAGAAGGCGGUGCGGGCCGUGAGCCGGCAAGUGGAGAUGCUCAACGAGAAGAACCUGGAGAAGGGGCUGGGCGUGGACAGCGUGGACAAGGACGCCGUGAACGCCGCCAUCCAGCAGGCGAUCAAGGCCCAGCCGUCCACGUCUCCCAAGAAGGCGCCCUCCGUGCCCACGGAGGAGUCCCGGAGGGCGGCGGGCGCCGGCGCGAGCCGACGGGGCCCCCAGGAGCGAGACCCGACGGAGAAGCCGCCCCGGCUCCAGUGGUUCGAGCAGCAGGCGAAGAAGUUAGCGAAGCAGCAGUGGGAGGAGAGUGAGGAGGACGGGGAGGACGACGAGGAGGAGGAUGAUGAUGAAGAUUGGGAAGAUAUUGAUUCUGAUGAUGGAUUGGAAUGUGAGAACCCUGGAGUGGAGGACCAGGAUGCAGAAGCUGCAGAAGCUGGGGAGAGCCCCCUACAGGGCGCCAUCCCAAUAACAGACUGCUUAUUUUGUUCCCAUCACUCAAGCUCCCUCGUGAAGAAUGUGGCUCAUAUGACCAAGAUCCACAGCUUCUUUAUUCCUGAUAUAGAAUAUCUUUCGGAUCUGAAAGGACUGAUUAAAUAUUUGGGAGAGAAAAUCGGUGUUGGCAAGGUUUGCUUGUGGUGCAACGAGAAAGGGAAAUCCUUCUACUCCACAGAAGCUGUGCAGGCACACAUGAAUGACAAAAGCCACUGUAAGCUCUUCACAGAUGGUGACGCUGCUUUGGAAUUUGCAGACUUCUAUGACUUUAGGAGUAGCUACCCAGAUUACAAGGAGGGGCAGGACCCUAGUGAAAUUGAGGCAUUAUUCUCCGAAAAGAUCUUGGAUUGUGAUGAUGAAACCAUGGAGCUGAUACUUCCUUCUGGUGCCAGAGUGGGUCAUCGGUCCCUGAUGAGAUACUACAAACAACGAUUUGGCAUGCCAAGAGCUGUGACAGUUGCUAGAAACCAGAAGGCUGUGGGCAGGGUGCUCCAGCAAUACCGAGCCCUGGGGUGGACAGGCAGCACAGGAGCAGCUCUCAUGCGUGAGCGGGACAUGCAGUAUGUCCAAAGGAUGAAGUCCAAAUGGAUGCUGAAGACGGGAAUGAAGAACAAUGCCACUAAGCAGAUGCACUUUAGGGCCCAAGUGCGAUUCUGAGAGGCUGUGAGUGAGUGAUGUAUCUCUCACUGCACUUCCUUCAUGUCCGAGGACCAGUGAAGCCAGAUUGCAGAAUGGGUCUUUUGCUGCUACGUCAUUUGUUCUGAUCUAAUAAAGUCAGAAUCAUGUUA